UCAAGUUCACUUCUGUAAAGAACUCCAACCAAUCCAACAGACAAUGGCAUUCAAGUUUGUAUUCGCUCUCGCCUUCGUGGCCGUCGCCAGCGCUGGUUACGUGCCAGAAGCUUACCACGCAGCUGCUCCAGUUGCCACUUAUGGUGCUCCCAUCGCCGUGGCCCAGAAGGUGGUCGUCAAGGCUGCCGAGGAGUACGAUCCCCAUCCCCAGUAUCGCUUCUCCUACGGUGUGGAUGACAAGCUCACCGGCGACAACAAGGAGCAGGUGGAGGAGCGCGACGGUGAUGUCGUCCGUGGCCAAUACUCUCUCAUUGAUGCCGAUGGCUACAAGCGCACUGUCCAGUACACCGCUGAUCCCAUCAACGGCUUCAACGCUGUCGUCAACCGUGAACCUCUUGGCCAUGUUGUGAAGACUGUUGCUGCCGCUCCAGCUGUCGCCCACUACGCUGCCCCAGCUGUUGUCAAGACUGUGGCUCCAGUUGCUCACUAUGCCGCUCCAGCUUACACCAGCUACGCCGCCGCUCCCGCUCAUGUUGCCACCUAUGCCGCUCCAGCUGUCGUCAAGACCGUUGCUCCCGUUGCCCACUACGCUGCUCCCGCUCAUGUGGCUCACUAUGCCGCCCCCGCUGUUGUGAAGACUGUGGCACCCGCCUACACCAGCUAUGCCGCCCCAGCUGCCCACUAUGCUGCUCCAGCUACUCAUGUGUCCUAGUCCGCUCCAGCCUACGCCUACCAUCACUAAGUUGUUGCUUAUAUAUCUGUAGAAUUGUUCCUCAUACGCUGUACAUUUAUUUAUUGACAUCUGCAAUAAACUAAUGCAUACAUGUU